CGCGCGCGCGCGACUUAAAGCAACGCGUCGUCCCGUGUUGAUGUGUCGCAGAUUUGAAAAGUGAGCUAGGAGAAGACUUUUGCGCGGCAGCGAAACGAACAACCAGCAGGCUCGGAGGCGUUUUUUGCUGUCCCAAACCAACCAACACGUUUCCCUUCUGAACGCGCCCCCCCCCCCCUUUUCGCUCCUUUCUUCUCGCAAUUUUUGCCCGAACGCAGGCUGCUUAUUCGCAGCGGGGAUGGAGCUGUCAUCCAUCGGCGACCAAGUGUUCGCAGUGGAGUCCAUCACGAAGAAAAGAGUCCGAAAGGGUAAUGUGGAGUACUUGCUAAAGUGGCAGGGAUGGCCCCCAAAGUAUAGCACUUGGGAGCCAGAGGACAACAUUUUGGACCCUCGCCUUGUCCUGGCCUACGAGGAGAAUCAACAGAAGAUCAGAGCUCUGGCCUACCGCAAGAAAGGCCUCCGACCCAGAAGCCUCGUCCUGCGGAACAUUUUCGCCAUGGACCUCCGGAGCGCCCACAAGCCCCCGGAGAAGCCCCCGCCCCGUCUGCGCCUGUCGCUGACCCGUGCCAUGAGCACGGACGUGGACCACGGCGAGCGGGGGGGCGCGUACUGUCGCCCCGCGAGGAGGAGGAGCAAGCAGCUGGGAAGCAAGCGCAGGCCCCGUGAGAGCCCCGACGGGGCUGUCGGCCCCCGGGGGAAGAAAGUGGAGUGGGAAGACGCCAGCGAAGAAGACAAACACGAGUCCGGAAGCACCUCGGAGGAGCCGCGGCCAGACAGCUUAGAUGGUCAUUCCGAGUGCAGCUCGCCUCCCGUCGUGGAGCGGCAAGACCUCGAGAUGGACGCGGAGGAGGCGAACGCCACCCAAACGUGGUCGGACCCGCCAGACGGCAGCACCUCAACCGUCGCACGUGACAGUUCGAAGGACGCCGCCGCUGCGCUUGACGAUAGAGCGGCGGACGCGGUUAUCGCCGCGGGCAACGUGUCAGAUGGUGAUACGGGCAAGGUGGAAUUGAAGUCAAGGGCCGAGAGUCCCGGCAAUCGUUUGGGAAAUGACACAACCGUCGCCGUCGCGGUCAAAGGAGAUGCGGCGGUCGACAAUGGGAAGGUUACCGCGACGAGCGCUCAAUCGGAGCAUCCCGGGAAGGUGAUCAUGACCGAGGUGACCAUCAACUCGCUGACGGUGACUUUUCAAGAAGCCGCCGAGGCCGCGGGCUUCUUCAAGGGUUGGUAGACCAACGGCCGACGGCGCAUCCAUUCGACAACAAUAAAAUCAGACUUGCCCACUCAUUUUGUAACAAUGUGUAAAAAUGUCGUCUACGUAACAUGUUUACAGAGCUCCACUCCUUUCCUGCUGAGAAGAUGUUUAUCACCAAGAAAUUAACAAACAGAUGGUAAAUGUUGCGAUUAAGACACAAAUUGUGAGACGGCGGUCAACCGAACUCACUUCUUCCAAGCAGCUACUUUUCGAUUGUUAUUCCUGAGGUUUGUUUUGAUAGGAAUUCCGGAGAGUCCGAAAUAGUGGCACAGGUCCGACCGGCUCACUUCUUCCAUGCAGCUACUUUUUACUCAAAUGUCCCGAGUGCUUUCCAGUGCUCAAGAUACUGUAACGUUCUUCUAGGUGCCUCAUUCCAUCAGCCCCCUCUCAAAAAUGCGUUUGGUACGGACGUCGGCACCCAGAUCCGAGUUUAUUUCUGUCGCGGCAGAAAUAAAACGAAAGUGAAGUAAUGACUGCUGCUCGUACGAAGAAGGAAGAGGGAUGCACAAAAAAAUAAAAAAGAAGUAUUGUUGUUUGCUGUCUGUUCGUUUAAAGAACUAUAAAUGCUACUUGGUUCUAUUUUUGUAUUACCAGUCGAUAGUCCACUCUUUACACUGCUAGCCUUUGUGCUUUUCAAAGGGGGAGAUAUCAUUUUACACUGCUGCUGUUACGCUUUGUACAAUAAUAUACUGUACAAUAGGCAGACGUACGUAAGGUCAGACAAUAGAGAGCCUUUGUUAUUUAUUGCAUGUAAUGUGUGUAAGCUAAACUAAACUUACUGUAUAAGUCGGAAUCAUGUCUUUUCUUGGGAAAAAACAUUUUUUUUGACUGCAUUUCCAAUAAAUAUGAACUAAAACGAU